AUGAAAGAUCGAUACAGGGAAAAAGAAGCAACAGGUCACGUGUCUGCGUCCUGUGUUCAAUCCAUCGGAAGGAAGGCAGUUGGAGGCUGCUUGCUCGCCGUUGAUAAUGUCAGCGUACCCUACUACGGUGCUACGACUCCGAUCGCCUCCCACCGCUUCCAAUCGGAUUCAAACAACAUAUCUUCCACCGUCUUCCACAGCGUAUUACCCUCCAUGACAUGUCUACCGAUGUCGACAUUUUGUAGACUUCACAUCGGAUCCCCUGUCGGCCUGCCACCACUUUUGCCCCUGUUAGAUUCGCCACUUGAAAUCAUGGAUAAAGCCUUGGAGAAAUAUGGCAAUGACAUUGCUAUUGGUUUCAGGCUGAAGGUUUUUUUUUUGGAUCAAUGUAAACAUCCAGGAAGAACAUUUAACGGAUCAGUGGCCUGGUCCGGUUAAAGUAUGUUGUUCUUUUGAUCUAAGAAAAUGUUCUCCUUUUGAACAUAUUUACUUUUAACAAUUCACCAACAUACUUUACAAAGGAAUAAACAUAUUUGACUAUUAUGUAUUUGUAAAUGAGCGAAUUGUAGAGAAUAGCAACAUACUUUACUGGUGUUAACCAAACCCCGCGGAGCGGGGUUUCACACCUAGUUAUAUGAUGAGUUGUAAUGUCGCAACGGUGGUCGCCGGUGAAACGAGAUCGGUAAACAACUGAGAGUGAAGGUCGGCGAUGAAAGCGUCUGUCUCGAUGAGCUGCUGUCGGAGGUCAGAAUACUCUGAUUCUAAAUCUGAAAACUGGAUUUAGUGUUCUGGUGAAACAAGAUUAGGAAACGAGAUUUUGUGGUCAGUGAAACGGGAUCAGUGAAGGUUCCGGAAGAGAAGAGGUGGAGGAGGUGGUUUCUGACGGUCGGAGUUGUAGAAAGAGUAAAUAAGCGACUGUACGGUGUUUCCGACGACGUUCUGGUGGUUACGAUGAUGAUUCGGUGGUUCCUAAGGCGGUCCGGUGAUAAUGAUGGUGGUCGAGAUUUACCUUCAAGAUGAGAGAGAGAGAGUGUGUGUGUGUGUGAGAGAGAGAGAGUAUCAUUUUUAUAAAAACAAUAUUUAUAAAAUCAAAAAAGAUAUAAUCUAUUAACAAUUUUUAAAUUUUAAACUUUUGAAAAUAACUAGAUGAGGAACCUCCAGUUGCGGGGAUGGAUUUAGACAGCUCCGAUCAUUUUGGCAUGUUUGAUACAUUUAUUUUCAUUUGGGUUGUAUGGAUAAUGUUUUGAAAUACUAUUUUAUUAAAUUUAAAAUGAAAUUUUUCGAUCAUGAAUUUGAGGGGUCAGAUGUGAGAUUUUUUUUCGGUUUAUUCUUUGUAAAUAUUCUUCCAUGAACUAUUUGUUUAUUCACACAACACACAAAUAACAGACAAAUAAAAAAUACCAAUGUACUUUGGAAAACUGUAUAUACUUUCUCUAAAAACCACUAUCUCGUUACCCAUUCAAAUAGCUUUAAUAAGAUUACUAAAAAAUCAACCUUCUACUGAAUUUGAACUUUAACCUGGAAUGUCCAAUGUCAUCUGGACUUCCACUGUUGAAUUCCUGUAUUAUUAUUAUUAUUUAAGUACUAAAAACAUUUAACUACAUAUAUUACCAAGUCAAUAACUCUAUUACCACAAAAUUGGUUGCUUGUUCUUGCUUAUGUGUUGGUGUUCUUGUACAGGAUACACGACUGUCAUGGAAAGCUAAAAUAACUGUAAGGAGCAAAAUAAAACAUAAAAUGCAUGUACAAAAAAAAGAAUGGAAGGAUAAUAGAUAGGAAAAUAGAAAAUGCAUGAAUGCAGGUAGAAAACCCUAGAUAGGAAAAGAAAACAAAUAUGGCCAAAUGUUGGUAACUCUAGUGAAAUCCCUAAAUACCGAAGUGGAUUAAACUCACAACACAGCAUAGAAUAUUGGCUCACAAUCGAUCUUUUAUCAUCAAUCACUCAAAAGAAUACCAACCCAAGAACGAAAGUAGAAAAGACAGGUAAUCGAUAAUCGUUUACCUAUAGCAACGCACACCAAGAAGAAGAAGAAGAAGAAGAAGAAGAAGACGAUGAGAGCCAUCUUCAAUUCGAUCGAGAAAAGCUCCUGAAAAUCCCAACUGAGAAGAAGCAAAACGGAUUAGGCGAAUGAUGGUAUUUCGUUGCUUAGUCAAGAACACAAACCAGGU